AUAUAAUUUUAUUUAAUUUUAAACGCCUCAGCAGAACACGAGCCCACUGGCCACUGUCCCGUAUUCGUAGGAGAAAUGUUCUUCACUCUUCGACUGCUCAUCGCCAAUAUAAAUGGACCACUUAUCCUUCCAACUAGUUUGCAAGAGAAACACAGAGGACAAUUGAUGGGAGAAAUCGGAGGCAAGAAGCCCAAGGUUGUGAUAGUCGGAGCGGGAAUGGCCGGCCUGGCCGCCGGCCGGAGACUGCAUGCCUGCGCCGGAGACCUCCUCGACAUCGCCGUAGUCGAGGCUGGCGACCGCAUCGGCGGUCGCAUCCUCACUUCCAAGUUUGCCGGCGCCCAAGUGGAGAUCGGUGCUACCUGGAUCCACGGCAUUGACGGCAGUCCCAUCUACGAAAUCGCCAGAAAAGCAGGAGCACUCAUCCCUGAUGAUCACGCAACCUCCUGGGAGCGCAAGGAUGGAUUUCCUUCCGAUCCCCUGACCCUAGGCGAAGGCGGUCUCUCCAUCGACCCCUCACUCCUAAGCCGCAUCUCCUCCGUCUUCUCUAACCUCAAAGACCUCAUCGUCUCCGGCAAAACCAAUGGUGAAAUCGCCAGCGUCGGCGAGUUCUUCCGCCGUGGAUUCGAGUCCUACCGAGCUGAGAAACACCGCGCCGAUUGGAUGGAAGAGGCGGCGUUUGCGAUGCACGAGUGUGGAGAACGGACGUAUACCGCGGUUGACGAUCUGGAAUCGCUCGACCUUGCGGCGGAGAAAGAGUACUGUGAGUUCCCUGGUGAGCACAUCACCUUACCCGGAGGCUAUUCACGAGUCCCCGAGUUCCUCGCCGCCGCGCUUCCCCUUGGUACGAUUCGGCUCCGGCGUAAGGUAUCCAAGGUGGAAUGGCAUCCUGUUGGUCUUGCCGGACGCGAUCCGGUCCGAAUCCUCUACGACGAUGGCGAAGCCGAGUUUGCCGAUCACGUGAUCAUUACAGUCUCCCUCGGCGUUCUCAAGGCCGGGGUUAUUAACGGGGACGGGUUGCUCUUCUCACCUUCUCUGCCGGAGGCGAAGAUCCACGCAAUCCGACGGCUAGGGUUUGGUCUGGUAACCAAGCUCUUCAUGGAGCUCGAAGGAGGAGAAGAAGAGAAAUCCCCGUUCCCUUAUCUACGGAUGGCGUUUGAUCCCUCAAGACAGGUGGCGGAAAUCCCGCGGUGGAUUAGGAGGACGGAUUCCAUUUGCCCUAUCAAUCGCGUGUCCCGGGUGCUGCUCGCCUGGUUCGUCGGCCGGGAGGCGGCGGAGGUGGAGAAGAUGGACGACGAUGAAAUCAUCCGCGGUCUUCACGCGACGCUCAAUGGUUUCUCCCCGCCUCCAGCGGUCGACGGCGGCGGGUACGGUCGGAUAGCGAGGGUAAGGAAGAGCGGGUGGGGGAAGGAUCCGCGGUUUUUGGGGUCGUACAGCUACGUAGCCGUUGGAUCGAGCGGGGACGAUCAGGAUGCGCUCGCUGACCCUCUGCCCAGCGACAGCUCCUUGUCCCCGUUGCAGAUCCUGUUCGCUGGGGAGGCCACUCACCGUACACGAUACGCGACCACUCACGGGGCAUAUCUCAGUGGGCUCCGCGAGGCGGACCGCUUGCUCCGUCACUACGGAAUCCACAGCUUCAAAUCCUAGUUUACAAGAGAGAGAGAGGGGAUGAGAAGAGAUAAUUACAUCAAGUGACAGUAAAUCAAAUUACUAAUGCAUGGGAAUUGGGAAGAAGUUUCUUUUACUCUUAAAAGCUUUAUCGUAUAUUCACAAUGAUACAACGCAGCUCUAACGCAAUUAUUCGAUCAACUUUUAAGGUUUCAAACUGUUGGGAGAUCUCAUCAUGUUUGGGCACACCAACUUCUUAUUGCACUCAAUGAAUCAAUAAUUUUUUUCCACAAAAAAAAAAAAGACUAAUGAGGUUUGGUAACUUGGAGACUUUUACUGUAUUAGAAAGCUAUCUGAUUUACGAGA